AUGCUUCCCCGGCACAACGCGACUAAUGGAUACCCGAGGAACAAGAGCGAAAAGGAAACCUAUUCAAUAUCGCCUCAUAGGUUCAAGCCCAGAUCAACCCCCUCUUCUGUCCGACGCAGAAGAACACUGAUAUUCCGUUCCUGCGUGGGAGUCACCAUCCUCUUUAUCUUCCUUUUCGUGUGGCCCGGUGCCUCCAUAAUACCGUUUGUUUCAUUGGGCUUCCUGAGCUCCGUAGGGGACUUCCAGUUAGAGACUGUACGAUACUAUGACCUUUCGACAGUUCAAGGGACGGCUAGGGGCUGGGAGAGGGAAGAGCGAAUCCUGCUGUGCGCCCCUUUGCGCGAUGCUGAAUCACACCUCCGAAUGUUCUUCGGGCAUCUGCGGAACUUCACAUACCCUCACCACUUAAUUGAUCUGGCAUUCCUUGUUUCCGACUCUAAGGAUCAAACAUUGUCGCUUCUGUCUGAACUGUUAGAGGAACUUCAAGCGGAUGAGGACCCUAAGCAGCCGUUCGGAGAAGUGUCGAUCAUUGAGAAGGAUUUUGGGCAAAAAGUCAAUCAGGAUGUGGAGAGUCGUCACGGUUUCGCCGCGCAAGCUAGCAGAAGAAAGUUGAUGGCCCAGGCUAGAAAUUGGCUUCUGAGUGCUGCUCUGAGACCCUACCACAGCUGGGUCUACUGGAGAGAUGUGGAUGUUGAGACUGCACCCUUCACUAUUCUGGAGGAUCUCAUGCGCCAUAACAAGGAUGUCAUUGUGCCAAACGUGUGGAGACCACUUCCUGACUGGCUCGGCGGCGAGCAACCCUAUGAUCUGAAUUCUUGGCAAGAGUCCGAGACAGCUUUGGCUCUGGCAGACACAUUGGACGAGGACGCAGUCAUUGUUGAGGGAUAUGCUGAAUAUGCCACCUGGAGACCCCAUCUUGCUUACCUACGAGACCCGUAUGGUGACCCAGAUAUGGAGAUGGAUAUAGACGGUGUUGGGGGGGUCAGUAUUCUGGCAAAGGCAAAAGUCUUUAGAUCUGGAGUCCACUUCCCAGCGUUCAGUUUUGAGAAGCAUGCCGAAACCGAAGGGUUUGGAAAGAUGGCCAAGCGUAUGCAAUUCUCAGUGGUUGGGCUACCCCAUUACACAAUCUGGCAUUUGUACGAGCCUAGUGUUGACGACAUCCGUCACAUGGAGGAAAUGGAGAGAGAGCGUCUGCAACGUGAAGCUGAAGAAAAGGAGAAAGCUGACCGAAUGAAGAAGAUCAAAGAUCAGUUCGCGGAUACAAACAGCCAAUGGGAGAAGGACAAGACCGACAUCCAGAAUGAGGCUCUGAAAGAAAAGCAGCAAGUAGAAGCAGCUGCAGCUCAGGCCGCUGCCCAACCUGCAAAUGUCGUCCAAGCCAAGCCUGAGGGCAAAGUCGAGGUGAAAGAGACGAAGCAGGAAGCAAAGCCUGACUCACAACCCCCAUCCCAUGUCGCAAUCGCUUGGCCAUUGACUGUCGCUUCCGAACUAUUAGAAGAGGGAGGGAGAGUGUGUGGCUUCUGGGCAGCUGUAGCAUUACAUCUGAGGAGUGAACAUGGAAAGCUUUAG